AUGAUUGAAAAUAUAGUAAAACCAGUAGAUGCUAAAAAGGCACUCAUCAACAUUACUCUUCUGGGCCCUCUAAUGGCGGGAAAGUCAUCUAUUGCUAAUCUAAUAGUUAAUAAUGUACCAAAAUCACACUAUUUACACACAGAAAACCCACAAUUGUUUUACUACAGCCUUCAGUCUAGUUCCAAUUCAGGAACUAGACAUAUUGAAAUAGAAGAUACAACUAUAGACAUAGAGUAUAACAAUUUUUAUUCCAUCAUUAAUUCCAAAAAAAGUUUGUUAUUUAAAAACUCAAUUUAUAAACCAAUAACAGAUAAAAGGGAUUAUUUUUUGGUUAUUUUUGACUGUAGUGAUGUGGAUUCUUGGAAAAAUGCAAAAUCGAUUUUUCUGGAUUUGAGAAAUCACAACCAAUCGUUACACUCUAGGGAUCCAUUUGUAGCCAUUGUGGCUCACAAAACAGAUUUAAAAUAUCCUGUAGGACUACUUAAUGAAGCACAAUCAUUUGCUAGUGCAAAUAAUGUAUACCUCUUUAAAACAUCCAUUUGGGAUCGGGAAGUUGUUAGGAAGAUGAUUAGACAACUUGUCUCACAGUUGGACUUUUAA